UUCUGUGAUUCCGCUACUAACUGCUAAGGGCUUCAUUGCUAAGGACUCCAUGUGACACUGGUGGAGAAGUAGACCAUGAUUUGGGCCACAACAUUCACUCGCUUAUCCUCUUAAUAGAGUUCUGCCAUUGAAUCAUGGAGUCACCAUCCCGGGACAAAAGGGCAGCUCAUUUCAUCACCAUACAACCAACGGAAACCAUAUUUACUGCAUUACCCUAUAGACCUCAUAGCUCUCUGCUGGAGUUCCUGAGGGGAGAGCCAAAAGUCUUGGGGGCUCUCCAGAUCAUGCUUGGUCUCAUCAUCAUAGGCUUUGGAAUGAUAUUUGUAUUUAAUUUCCUUGUUUUCUCCCAAGAAUUUCCCCUCGUUUUCCUCACAGGAUAUCCAUUCUGGGGAGCAUUAAUUUAUAUUCUUACAGGCUACCUCACAGGAAUUGAUGAGAAGUCAACAAAAAUUAUGGGACAAGGUGUCACGGGCAUGAAUGUUAUCAGUUCCCUGGUUGCGGUUGCUGGGAUCACACUCACCAUUAUCACCUAUAGAUAUCAAUACAACUACUGCCAGAGGCCUUCCCUGGAAGGAAUAUGUGUGUUUGGGACAACGCUUUUCCUUGGAAUCUUGUCAGUCUUACUGAUCAUCAGUAUAGCAGAGCUCAGCAUCUCUGUGACCAUUGCAACCUUUAGAAACAAGUGCUGGAUACAUUCAGACGAGAUUGUGUUUUUCUUGCCUUCGGAUAUUCCUCAAAAUUCUGAACAACCUGGCCCAGGACAAAAUGCUCUGUUACAAUUUGAGCUUCAAGAAGAGUCUUCUGGUGAUGACCCAAUAAUGAACCUACAGCCCGUUUUCUUUGGAGGCUAUGCUUUCUUCAAGUUAAGAAUCACAAGAAGUCCUUUAGCCUCCCAACCCAGGUCACGACCAUGUAAUAAAAGUAUUUACUACACAGCUUCUGCAUCUAUGCCAGGUGAACAACAGGAAAGUAUCUUUCCAACUUCAUAUGAAGAAUUUUUGCCUCCAAUUUUAAAAAGAAAGCCCUCAGAACAUAUUAUGCACAUUCUGGAAGACUCUACGUUUGAAGAACUAAAAGGUGAAGACCUACAGCCUGCUACUGUUCAACGUCCCAAAAUGAAAAGCCAAUUGGCACAGGACCAAGAUUUGCCAUUCCAAUUUUUGCCAUCUCAUUCUGUACUAAAACGCCAAGAAUUAUCACCUGAAGACUUGCCAUCCCAAGCCCCGCCAGUACAAACCCUGCCAGUGCAAAACAUGCUAUCUAAAUCCCCAUCAAUCCAUGGUGUACAGUCUUUUGACCUGACAGGUGAAGACAUGCCCUACCAAUACAUUCCAUCCCUAGACACAUCAUCCCAAAACACGCCUUUCCAAGACGCACUAUCCCAAGACACACCAUCUCAAGGUAAGCGCUCCCAAGACACGCUAUCCGAAGCAUUGUCAAAAGUCAUGCUACCUGAAGUCUCAACACCCAAUACUAAGCGGUUCCCUAAUGUGAAAUCCCUACUUCAGCAACCCCCAGGUCUUCAACCACAAAACAUUCAACGUCAAAACCCGGAACUUUUACAAAUACCAUACGAAGACAUUCGAUCAGAAGUCAUGGAAGAGACCAAAAAGUGGGACUCUGCAGAGGAACUCCACAGAAAGAAAUCCUCAAGACGAUAUUCCCUGGACCAGCAAACCAAACGCUACCACUCCUCAAGAAGGAGGUCCUUAGACCAGCACCCCAAAAGCUGGCAAUCUUCAAAAUGGAAAGCCCUAGAGAAGCAAAUCAGACACUUGCUAUCCCAAAAGAAGCAAUCCCUUGAUAAGCGAAUUCAAUCUUCUCAAACUCCAGAGAAACUGCCAGAUCAGCAGCACACUGAUGUCCACCAGGCCAAAGGAAAGCAAGCUCCAAUCAGUCAGUUCAAAGAUGGGCAAAAGAAGGACCACCGGGCUGAAAAACAGGAAAGCCCAAAGAAACAAAACCAAGAUCAGCAACCCAAUGACCAGCAGGCCCAAGAGGUAAAAUCCCCAAAGGGACAAUCCCAAAAUUUUCAAGUCAAAGGACAGAGAACUCAAAUGAAGAAAGCUCCAAAUCAGCUAUGCCAAGAUCAGGAAUACCAAAUCCAGCAGCAACAAGACUGGCAACCUCCCCAAAAUGCAGCCCAACAUAACUUAGAUUGGCAAUUACAAGACGCUCUAUUUAAAGAUAGUGAGUGUCAAGAUAAGGAUCAAAAAGACUUUGAAUGUACAGUUAUACAAGAACAAGACAUGCAAGUAGACUGUAUGCAAAUAAGAGACAUCACACCAGAGGACACGGAAAGCAUAGACCAAACUCAGAGGGAGCUGCAAUCAGAAGACACGAGGCCAGAUUUGCGGUGUUCUGGCCAAAGCUCAGUGCAAGACGCAUGUGUAGGCUCCUUAUCCAACAUAGUUUCAGAACAAGAUGUGCAACGAAACAUAUCAGUUUCCUCAACUUCAUACAAAGAAGAUCUGAAUUUAACUUCUAGUUCAUGUUACGCAAAAGAUCAACAAUGUGAAGACUCUGACUAACAUGUGGAAACUACCCAAAUACCACCCUGUCCCCAAUAAUGGAACCAAAUUAGGGGAAAACAUAGUAUCCUCCAACCUGUGUUCUAAACUGUGGUUGCUACCUAAUUCACUCACCAAAACAUGAAGGGCAUACAGAACACUCAAAGAAUUUGCCCCCGGUUAAAAUAAAAUGACAACAAACCAAAAGUUAACGCUA